CGUAUUCAGAAGCCCUAUUACCAUGUCAAACCACAGAACUGAAACUGAGAACUACCUGAUGAAGUGUUAAACGAGCAGGUAAAAUCUCUCACGCUUUCAAAGCUGGAUACAACUCUACCAAGUGUUUGCUUACAGUGACACUAACAGUCGUCUUCUUUCUCAUGAACAAACUUUUUAAGUUUGAGGCGACAAACAUGGUUAGCUAGCUUGCUAACAGCUAGCCGCUCGGCUAACAUAAGCGUCAGUGAACAGCUCGUUGUCCGUUUGGAGCCACCUGACAACCACACAUGACUUUAUAACUAGUGCGAGCAGACCGAUGACAUUACACGACAGGAAAUAUUCUAUAAUGUGAGAUUAUUGUAAUGUGUUUGUAGUUUGAAUCGCUGGAGUGUCGCUUAGGGGCUUGUUAAACAACAAGCCACAACAACAACAACAACAACAACAUGUUUGGUAAAAAGAAGAGAGCUCCGCAGCCGAGAGGCCAGGGCGCCGCUGCAGCCAAGCAGAUGGGUUUGUUUGUAGACCUGGACCCUGAGGAGAUGAUGAUGGGUAUGGAAGGGAAUCUGGACGACCCGGACUUAGAGGCUGAACUUGCUGCUAUCACUGGAAAUAGAGCUGCUGCUGGGGGAAGAGCCAAGCAGAAGGGGAAAAGCCCCCUGCCCAUGGAAGACAUCGCAAGAAUGGCCGACGAGUGUAUGAGGGAUGAGGAUGAGGAUGAAGAUGACAGUAACCUGGAGGACGAUGAAGAUCUACUGGCAGAGCUACAGGAAGUGGUGGGUGAGGGGGAAGCUGAGGAUGCUGUAACUGUUUCUCCCACAUCCUUCGUCGCUGCUGAAUCUUCUCAAGCUGAAAAACCAAAGUCCCCACUGACGCAGCAGCAGGAAGUAAGGCUUUUCAGCAGCUCCGGAGCCUCCAACCCCCCCCCUGGGGAGAAAAUUUUUACAUGUACAAACGGCCUUAAAAAACCAAAAACUGCAGGGAUACCUCCAAGCCGAGAUACGUCGGGGCCUGAGUUCUUCUAUAAGAAGACAUCAUGCUCUUCGAGUUCUCCCCUCACCCUGCGUUCCCCUGACCGCCCCCCUGAAACCCUCGCCCCCAAACCCACCCCUUUCAAUCAGAGGGGGCGGAGGCCACAUGCGACGCCCCGGUUGCCCAAAUUCUCACCCCCCGUGAGGAGGAGUCGUCCCCCGCCAGCCGCUGCCUUGAGCACUUUACCUCUCCACAGGACAGACGGGGAAACUGCAACCGGGCCUCAGACCAGUCUGACAGAUGUGAACAAGGCAACCAAGACGUUGCUUUUGGAGAGGCAGAAAGAAUACAAGAUGGCAGCACUGAGAGCCAAGAAGCAGGGAGAUACUGAGCAAGCUACGCUUUACUUUAAGACCAGCAAGAGGUUCGAUGCGGUGAUUGAGGCGUUGGAGAAAGGACAAGCGGUCGACCUGAGUGGCCUUCCUCCAUCUCCAGGACAGGGAGGAGGCUCUGCUCCAGUGAAAGAACUGUCCUCUGGGCAAAACAUAGAAGUCCCCCAACUGGUUACAGAAGCUCCAGCCCCAGCGGCUCCCAAAGACGUGCUGGAGGCUCUCGAGCAGAGAAGAGCCAAGUAUGUGGAGGCGUCCAAUCAGGCAAAAGCUGGGGGAGACGACCGCAAGGCCCGAAUGCAUGACCGUAUAGCCAAGCAAUACCAGAGUGCCAUCCGAGCUCACAAAGCAGGAAAAGCAGUUGACUUUGAGGAGCUACCGGUUCCCCCUGGUUUUCCUCCAAUCCCGGGCCAGAAGGUGUCAGGAUCGGAGCAGGGAUUCGUUGCUGCUCUGGAGGCAGCCAAUAAGCUUGCCUCCAACGAUGCUUCCCAAAUAGCAGAUGAAGAAGAAGAAGAUGAGGAGAAGGAGUCUAAGCCUGCUGUUCCAGAAGAGCCAAAGAAGCCCAUGUUAGAUUUCUCCACUGCAGGGCAAGAACGGAAAAGAACUCCGUCAGCUUCACCUGACAGAACAGCUGCCAGGGAAGGACUCUCACCAACAGCAGGUCAGCAGCUGGAGUUUCUGGAGGGCAGGAAGAAGAUGUACAUGAAGGCAGCUCUGCAGGCAAAGCAGAAGAACGACAUGGAGCAGGCCAAGAUUUUCCUCCGCACCGCCAAGGGCUUCGAGCCCAUGAUCGAGGCAGCACGCUGCGGCAAGACUGUGGACAUCAGCACAGUGCCGUCGCCCCCUGGUGACGAAGAUGACGACUUUAUCCUGGUUCAUCACAGCGACGUGCAGAUCUCCGAGAAAGCAGAGCAGCUUUACACACAACUGGCCAAGAUCCUAAAAGAGCAGUACGAGAAAUGUAUGACUCACUCCAAGCAGUUCACACCUGGGAACGUCACGGAAACAACAAAGUUUGAGAAGAUGGCGGAGAGUUGUAAGAAGAGUCUGGAGGUCCUGAAGCUGGCUCAGUCGAGAAGUCUUCCUCCUCCUAAACAUCACUUUGAGGAGAGAUCGUUUCACACUGUCAGGAUAUUUCCAGACCUGAGCAGCACUGACAUGGUGGUUGUCAUUGUCAAAGGGAUAAAUCUUCCUGCCCCGAGUGGAAUCCAAACAAAUGAUCUGGACGCAUACGUCAAGUUUGACUUCCCUUACCCCAGCACGGAGCAGCCGCAGAAACACAAAACAGCUGUCAUCAAGAACACUAACUCCCCAGAAUAUAACCAGAGCUUUACCCUGUCAAUCAACCGGAACCACCGCGGCUUCAGGAGGGUGGUGACGUCUAAAGGCCUCAAACUGGAGCUGCUGCACAAAGGCGGUUUCUUGCGGAGCGACAAGCCGCUGGGGACGGCCCUUGUAAAACUGGAGAAACUGGAGUCACAGAGUGAAAUCAGGGAGAUCGUAGAGGUGAUGGACGGUCGGAAGGCCACAGGAGGUCGUGUUGAAGUGAAGAUCCGCCUGCGGGAGCCUCUGAGCGGACACGACAUGCAGACGAGCACGGAGCGCUGGCUGGUGAUCGACCAGUCACAGGUUGCAUCAGAUACACAAUGUUUAUAUUUUUGCAGCAUUGCACCUCCAAAAGAUAAACCUGAGAUUGUGUAAAAAUUUCUGAUGUCGGGUAUCUUUUUAUCUCCAAGGUUCUUGUUUAGAUGCUGCUGCAAGAUUAAAGAUGCUUCACAAGAAAAAGAUUAAAGACACUCAAUAAAAAACAAUGGGACGAGGACAGAGUUUGGGAUGCGAUGAGGACGGUCUGUUGUUUCAGUCGACUCUACUACACGGGUCUUUGACUUGGUAAAACUUUUGCACAUUUGCAAGACACAAGCUCUCUUUCACACUGCAGUCCACCAGGAGAAGACAUGGAGCCCUCCGUCUUCAGUCUGACACCAGCUGAUGGACAAAAACUUGUGAUGCACCAGGGCAGACUUGCAACAAGGGGAAGCCUCCUUACAUCAGAGAAAACUAUUCAGGCAAAGAUUCCAGUUUUCCAAAAAGUCUCCUCGUGUAUCACUCCAUCUCCUGGAGGACGGCAGCAGCGUUUCCUCUGCUAAGGGCUCAGUGUCGAGCUUAACUGAUCCUGCUGGCCAACAUGACUUCAGUUAAUAUGUGAAAGAAUGUGUCCAUAUUCUUCAUAUUAUUACAGCUCUGGUAUCUAGAACUGCACCUAUGCACUAAUACCAAAGUAAUCCAUGUUGCUGUAAAAUCCUGCAUAUUUGAAAUCGCCAGUUAGCUGCCAAAUCUGUUACUAUGACACGAGAAGUUUAAUGUGUGACAGGACUGUUUUUAUUUUUUUUUUUCCACACAAUUCAUCCGUUUUGUUUUGUGUGAGAACGCAGGCAGACGCAGUAACUCUCAUAGAUGUUUCAAAGGAGUAAGCCAAGAACUGAUAUUAUAUACUAUGGUACGAUUAUAUAUUUGUUUAGAAGACCACACUCCCUUUUUGGCACCUUUCACUUUGAUUAGUAAGUCCUUUACCUGUGGUCACUAAACUGUACACUCUCUUAUCUGUGGCUUUAGGUGUUAGAUUUAUAUUUGUCGUGUUUUCGAUUAAUAACACAAAUCUGUGCAAAAUCACAACUGAGCUGAAUUUGGCUGAUCUUCAAUUGCUUAUGUCUAAAAAGCUACACAUAUUUUCUUAUGGCACACGUCCAUUAUUACACAGAUGAUAAGAUGGUUUACAGGUAAUUUGAAGUAAUCAUGAUUGGAUGACUUUGAGUUGAUUAGUUUCCUGUAGAUAUUUUAGUUAAAGGAAUAGUUUAAUAGUGUAUUUAUGUUCUUUCUUGCAGAGAGUCCAAUGAGAAGAUUGAUACCACUCGUUUGUGUGUUAAUGAAGAGCCAGGACACAAUUAGCUUAGCAUAAAAACAAGAAAGAGGGGUCAAAUGGCUAGCCUAGCACCCUCCAAAGUUAAAAACAAAAUACACCUACCAGCCCCUCUAAAUUUUAGAAAUGAACAAGACCAAUUAGUGAGGGCUUUAGAGGUGCUUGAAGGAGUAUUAGUUUGAAGUUUGGACAGACCCAGGCUAGCUGUUUCACGCUGCUUCCAGUCUUUAUGCUAAAUUAAGCUAACCGCUAAACUAUAGUUUCCCAUUGCCAGACCUUCCUCCACAGCGCCACAGAAAACUCAGAUCGGACCGAUAGUUUAGCUAGCUGUCCCCUGCAGAGAUCCCAUUUUCCCAAGUGUCGGACUAUUCCUAUAUGUUUGGCACGGCUUUUUUCAAACAAUGCAUCAGAUCUUGAAUCUCUGGAUGAAUAUCUGUUUUGACUGUUUUAAAUGGUUACUUACCCGUUGCGAUAUAAACCCAUGCAGAUUGAAUUUGUUUUGUGCUGCUCAAAGCUUAAAAAAUAACAUUUGAAAUUAGAAAGUAGAUUUUUGACCUUGGAAAAUGCAACUCAAAAAAAUUGUUUAAGGGAAACAAUGAACUUUGUAUCUCAGCUUUAGAGUAACAUGGACAAGAAAUCCUUUUAGUGUUGGACAUUUGAACAUCAACCACACGUGCUGAUCAAAAGCUAAAUGGACCUUAAUGGUCCAUGUUGCUAAAGGAGAACACAAUCCAGAGCAGAACGAGAUGGGCUGCAGCAGCGAUCGGUUUAUAGACGCACAAACGGUUGAGGCCUUCAGAAGAAGACAGAUCAGGGAUCUGCGGGGUUCCUACUCACGUCUAAAAAAAAAAAAAAAAAAAGUUUUGAAAAGUCCGGAGCAGGAUGUUCAUGAUUUCAGGGCUGUGGCAGGAUAAUAAGUUGCAGGAAAUGUUAAAUGAAAUACAUUCAGCUUCAGGUCAAGCAAACUCUUGUUUCCGCGGGAACCCCAGAUCUUUA